UGUGACGUUGUUUUAUGUACAUUGUUCUAACUUAAUAUAAUUGUUAGACUUAAUAAAUAGAUUUCCGCGACAAAAUGACGAACUCAGAACAUGAACGAGACAAAGUAAUCAAACAAGAUAAAGAUUACAGUUAAGUUAUAUCAUUAUCAGGAGGAUGUGUGUGAUAUAUGGAUACUUAAAUCGACACGUAUAUCAUCUUAAUUGAUAAUCGAUAGAGCUGAAUUUAUUCUUUGCGACAUUAAAUUAAAUAUUGAGUAAUUAACACAAUUAACAACAAGAGCAACGGUUAGAAGUAUACAAAUUUUGAACGUCGUCGAUUGCAAACGGGUACAAUACGCGCUUGAUAACACUGUUCAAAUAAACAAAUGAUGUGUGCAAGUAUAUGAUACACAUGUAUAUAUAUACGUCCAGUAUGAAAAAGUGGAUAUCUUGCUAUACUAUGUAAGUGAAUGGAAGGCGUUUUCCACGAAAAACAACGCGACCGCGCACCAAUCAGUGACAGAUGGUCGGGUCACAUUUUCAACAUAACAGUAUGACAGCAAACUGUUCCAACGACUACCCGGAUACGUCAGUGCUAUUCAGCGAACUACGCGCAGACUUUCCUCGUACCGUACUGAUGGCGGUUGCGUGCGCGCUCGUACUCGCGUGCCUAGCUAUCUUCCUCGAGGAGCUCGUGUUCUUGCACCAAGUUUACCAUGGGAACGGGGUCAAGGUGCGGAAGGUCGCCACUAUCCUAGGCUUAUAUCCGGUGACGAUUGUUAUGGCGUUAAUGGCCCUGAUGGCACCAAAGAUCAGCUUCCUCCUGGAUCUGUUUGCAUCUUGCUACCUAUCCGUGUGUUUCUUCACGCUGGUGUCGCUAAUCAUUGAUACUUUUGGCAAUGAGGCACGUAUGAUCGAGCACUUCCGGGGAAUGACCAUUCAAACUUCCCUCCCGCCAUGUUGCUGUUGUUGUUGUUGCAUAUUGCGACCGAGGCUUCUUACUGAGCAGUCGCUGUUUUUCUUUAAGCUAUGCGCCCUACAAGUGGCCGUGAUCCGACCUGUGCUGUCGAUCAUUGCCGCCGCACUGUGGUUUGAUGGGAUUUACAAACAGGAUCUGACCUCCCCCGCCUCCGCAUACCUCUAUAUCACCACGAUCACCGUGAUUUCCGCGCUGUUCUCCAUGUACGGAACUAUCGUCAUCUGCCGCGCCACCUCGCCAUUCCUUAAAUCAUACCGCAUCGGCGUCAAGUUCUUCUCGCUACAGCUUCUACUCAUCACCUCGACCAUCCAGAGCCUCGUCUUUAACAUUCUGGCAACUCACGGCAUCCCAGGAUGCAUCGCCAGUCGGGGACCCGCCGUUCGUGAUAACGCAUUCAACCACUUCGCACUGAUAGUUGAGACGUUUUUGCUGUGCCUGCUUGCCCGAAAAGGCUACAGAAUGGACGAGACCAUAUUACCCGGACCAACUCCACGUGAAGACCUGCCCGGUUGUGAUAAUGAAUUCGGGCAUGCGCACUGGCGUGAAGACAAUUACGGGGCUAUUGAAAACAAUACAAUCGAAAUAGAGUCAACGAAAUUGAACUGAUCUUUAAAUUUAAAGUGAUAUUAUGGGCAUCUAACAGUUUAUAGGUGUCUAUCGCAACCGUUGUUUAUUUUGGGAGUUUUCACUUCAUAUACACUUAUAUUUGUUAAUGCAGCAUCAACUUACUAAACAAAUAUCCUGAAAAGAGAAAAAUAAUGCAUUUGAAUAUCAACCGUACUUUCGAUUGACAACUUAUCAUGCAUGUGCGAUGUGAACCUAAAUUAAGUUUUAGUGCAGAUUCGUUCAUACGACACAAAGAUACAAUUUUGUUUUACGGAUCAUUUCGGCUUAGAGGACUGGGUGAGUCACGUAAGAAUAUCGACUAUAAAAUAUAUUUUUAUAAACAACUGGUAGCAAGAUGAGUUGCAGAUAAUUGGUCAGUAACCACAUUUUAAUUAACUCUUUUGACCUUUUAAUUCUUUUCAGUUCAAUUCAACAGUGAAAAAUGCCCAUAAUAUUACUUUAACGACACUAAUUACUGGCAAAGAGAUGAUAUUAAGAGUAUUUAAACUGGUAUACAAUCGCAUUAUUUGUGUAUUUUCUAUUGCUGAUUCAAAGAAGACAUGUACGCACGUAUAUUGAGUUCAGUCGAGUAGGUAAAUCGAUUUUGUUUCCGUUUGAAUCCAUGACAUUUAUUUUUAUUUUUACCUUAAGCGAUUUUUGCGUGUUAUAGUAGUUGUUACCUAUGGUAAUAUAUGUAUGUUUUAAUGAAUUCUUAAUUAUGGUAUGCAUGUCGAUAAGGCGAUGUCCAUUUAUAGAAUACAUUGUAGUUGAAACUUUUGUACGGACAGAAUAGUUCAUUAACGUCUCGUUCAAAGAUGUUAAUACGAUUGGUUCGCAUGCUUGUUUAUUAUUUGCCUAAUAAGAAAGUUUACGCCGUUGUGAGCUUAUUACUUUCGAUUUGUUUGUACAUCGAGACUUUCUUCAAGCAUCAUAUAAUUACUAUGUAUACAUGCUUUUGAUGGGUACAUGGCUAAUUGUGUCAUUGCUAUCUAAUUACGAAUAGCAUCUAGUGUACUAGGUAACACUUUUUAGUGUUACACGUAAACGUAAAGUACACGUACUUUUGAGUUACAGUAUUUAUUAUUGUUCUAUAUAUAU